UUUAAGGUGACAUAUGAGGCUCACAAGGAGUACCUAGCAAAAAUGUAUGAAGAGUAUCAAAGGCAAGAGGAAGAGAAUAUAAAAAAAGGAAAAAAGGGGAAUGUUAGCACUAUCUCAGGCCUUUCAUCUCAGACAACAGGUGCAAAAGGUGGAAUGGAAAUUCGAGAGAUAGAAGACCUUUCACAAAGCCAAAGUCCCGAAAGUGAAACAGAUUACCCUGUCAGUACGGACACCAGGGACUUGCUCAUGGCUACAAAGGUGUCAGAUGAUGUGCUUGGAAGUGCUGAGAGACCAGGAGGAGGAGUACAUGUGGAAGUUCAUGACCUUUUAGUUGAUAUAAAAGCUGAAAAGGUAGAAGCUACUGAAGUAAAACUUGAUGAUAUGGAUUUAUCACCAGAGACACUGGUAACGGGAGAAAACGGUGCACUUGUGGAAGUUGAAUCUCUUUUAGAUAAUGUAUAUAGUGCUGCUGUUGAGAAACUCCAAAAUAAUGUUCAUGGAAGUGUUGGUAUUAUUAAGAAGAAUGAGGAAAAAGAUAAUGGUCCAUUAAUAACUCUAGCUGAUGAGAAAGAUGAACCUUCUACUAACAGUACCUCAUUUCUCUUUGAUAAAAUACCCAGUCAAGAGGAGAAGCUUUUACCUGAACUUUCAAGUAAUCACAUUUCUAUUCCAAAUGUGCAAGAGACACAAAUACAUCUUGGUGUAAAUGAUGAUUUGGAAUUGCUUGCGCACAUGACAGGUAACGUAGAGAGAACGUGUCCUGCAAGUAUAAUAGAGGAAAAGGAGUUCAAGAUUCAUACAACCUCGGACGGAAUGAAUAGCAUUUCUGAGAGGGAACUGGCUUCGUCAUCUAAAGGAUUAGAAUAUGCUGAAAUGACGGCCACAACUCUUGAGACAGAGUCUUCUGGUAGCAAAACGGUACCUAGUGUUGAUGCUGGAAGUAUAAUAUCAGACACAGAGAGAUCUGAUGAUGGUAAGGAAGCGGGAAAGGAGAUAAGAAAGAUCCAGACAACCACCACAACCCAA